AAAGUUGAUUUUAAAUGCAAGCUUGUAACUUGAAUCUUUUUUUCUUUUUUUGGUUCUGUCAUGUGAUUCACAUAAGAAUAAGGAAAAAAAACACUUAUUCCAGACCUUUUGCCUUUGCUUUUCGCGUCGAUCUUUCGAUUUCAGCCGCUGUUCGCUGGUUAACACUGCAUAUUUCACUUUUUCCCACCUCAGUCGAGUCCUCCCCAAACCUUUAUAUACCCAAAGGCUCUGUAACUCUGAAGUCCGACUUUGAUGAUAGUGGAAAUUAUGAGAACGCGGAGCAGCUUUUUCUUCUCAAAUUCCUUUCUUGUAUAUGCCUUUCUUAUCCUCGUCUUAAUUGUUGCAGAGAAUGGUGUAAUUGUUAGACUUGCAGAUGGGGGGAAAAGGGUUCAUAUCCCGGACGAGCUGGACGACGUGAUUGACGACGAAGAAGAUGAGGCCUGGAAGGAAUGGGGCAAAAAAUCGAGCCCUUCCCAAGAGUUCGAUCCUCCUCCCAUGGAUUUAUCCGGGAUGGAACUAUCUCAGAUUCAGGAGGAAAUGAUGAAGCACCAUUUCGGACCUUCGUUUGGUUUCGUUAAGCUCCGAUUAGGCGUUCGCCGUUCGGCGGAGAUGGUGGCUGAGACUGCUAUGAAAUGGACGAAGGUUCUUAAAACAGGGUCUAUUGAAGCCAAGUUCAUGGCUGUUGAUGGGAACACGCUCAUGUUCACCAUGGAAAGGGGAAAAGACACAACAGAGUUGAAAGACUUCGUGUUGAGCCAGCCUGACGCCUACGAGAUCAAGAUAGGAGACCGAGUUUUCCGAAGGCCUGGGGAUCCUCCUCUAGAAGAAGUUAUUGAAAUGCUCCAUCGUGACAAGAACAAAGCAGAGGAUGCCGGUGUAGUGCAGGAGCGAGAGCAUCUCAAAGAUGAGCUGUAGCUCGUGCUUAAUCUUGUGCUAGCAUCUCUAGAAAUCUUUUUAGACAAUGUAGCACAAGCACUUGAGAAAAUGGUUGGUUCCUCCCGAAGGGUGUGGAUUAUCUUAUUGUUUUUCUUUGUUCAUUUGUCAUGAAGCACGUUGAUCAAAUGUUGCAGUGAAUCUUCCUACUUGUAUUGGGAAGGUGGAAAACAUCGUUAAUUGAGAAGAAACCUAAUGGGGUAUUUCGAAA